GCCGCGGCUUCCGGAACCUGCCGCGCCGCUACGCGGGGUUGCUGUGUCCGGCUGGUGGCGAGUUACCGUGUUAGCUUGUGAUGGCCGCGGCUGUCGCUAUGGAGACAGAUGAUGCUGGAAAUCGACUUCGGUUUCAGUUGGAGUUGGAAUUUGUGCAGUGUUUAGCCAACCCAAAUUACCUUAAUUUUCUUGCCCAAAGAGGUUACUUCAAAGACAAAGCUUUUGUUAAUUACCUUAAGUACUUGCUUUACUGGAAAGAACCAGAAUAUGCCAAGUAUCUAAAGUACCCUCAGUGUUUGCACAUGUUAGAACUGCUCCAAUAUGAACACUUCCGCAAGGAGCUGGUGAAUGCUCAGUGUGCGAAAUUUAUUGAUGAGCAGCAAAUUCUGCACUGGCAGCACUAUUCUCGGAAGCGGAUGCGUCUUCAGCAAGCCCUGGCAGAGCAGCAACAGCAGAAUAACACAUCAGGAAAAUGAAAAGCCGGAUCCAGACUAGGCUCUUAAGACAUGCAUAUAUUGCUUUUGUACAGUGAAGACGAAAAGAGACUCUUCCUACCUACCUUUAUUGUGGUAGCACCUAGAACCUUUAGUGGACUAUUUAAUCCAACUAACUUUUUAUUGUUAAUAGAUUAUUUCUGGUAAACCAGAAUUGUUCUGCUUUG